GUUAUUUGUCUGUCUUCUUCUACAUAAAUGCUUCAGUCGACAAAUUCAGUAGCUGCUAUGUAACUUGAAAGUAACAAAAUAACAUAACGAAUACGUCAUAACAGUUAUGUUACAGUUGUGUAAUUUUUCUGUCUUCUUCUACAUAACUGCUUCAGUCGACCAUUCAGUUGCUGCUAUAUAACUAGAAAAUAACAUAAAAUACAUAACGAAUAUGUCAUAAUUAACAGUUAUAUUACAAAUUUAUAAUUUUACUGUCUUUAGUCUAAUGUAGUGUGCUUCAUAUUCAUUAGAUGUGCUAAACUCCUUUGAACGUUUGUUUUGAAUUUCUCGUACUAUUUUUGAGAUAUAAUUCGAAAAGUGCGCACGGGCGCAACUUUAUUACAUCAAUUUUUAUAUUCACCAAUUCAUUGAGUGCUGUGGAGUGCAUUUGUGUAGCAUGAGGCUGGAUUCAGACUGGACGCGAUAAGCGAUGAGCGACAAGCGUUUAUGCAAUGAGCGUACAGGUUAUAUGGGAAAGCGUAUAGUUUUCCUAUAAAGACUGUACGCUCAUUGGAUAAUCGCUCGUCGCUCAUCGCUCAUCGCGUUCAGUCUGAAUCCAGCCUGAGUCGUGAAAGGGUAUUUGGCUAUGGUCAAAAGGUUAUAUUUGCAUCAUUACCAUGCCAAUACGUAUUUAUAUAUAUAAAUCAUAACCUUACUUUUUUUAAGAUAUAUGCAAUGUAGCAUUAUUAAAACAGAGAAUAUAAUAGACAUAUAUUAGUUAUAUAUGUGUUACCCUACUGAAAUAUCAAUACACAUAAUUAUUUUCGUAACUGUUAUAAAACUGAUAAUAUAAUCAUAUAUGUAACAUUCAUAAAAUAUAAAGUCAUAUAUUGUAACAUGUAUAUACCAUUACUUUUAAAUGAGGAGGAAAUUUUAAUAUAACGACAACGUAAAAAUUACCUUCACGUUAUAUAAAACGUGAUUUUGAAAUUCAUAGAUGUUACAUAUUAGUUAUAUAACUGUGUCGACUGGGUAAUAGGAUACGUAUACGCAUUUGCAGUAAGCAACGGAUAGAACGGACGUCACUGUUACGAACAAAUGCAGAUAGAUAUAUCCUGUGUCUGGUUCUGCAGUUAGAUGCGGAUAGACAUUCAAAACCGACUGCGUAUAGGAACGGAUAGGAUUCGUAAUUAUGUCUGCACAUAGAUUCGGAUAAGUUCCAUUCCAUUAGGAAUCAGUUAGAUGCAGUUAGCCUUUCCCUACCGUUUUUGCGUACAUAAUCUUAUAGGUUCUGCAACAUUUUUCAUCUGCCUCUAUCCGUAAUUGCAGGGCCAAAAACGCAUAGUAGAUCAGUCAGAAACGGAUAGAAUCCACGUUCUAUUCGUUUCUAACGGAAUUUUUACCAGGGCAGGUUUCUCAUCCCGCGUCCCGCGGGCGACGAAGGAUGAAUAAAAAGCGCGAGCGAUCGGGCGUUGGUCGCAUCGCGUAUCGCGUCUAACGUAGAGGUCUGUUAUGAGCGGGUGUAAUAAGAGAGAAAGUACCGACGAAGAGGAGGAUUUAUAUUGCUACGAGACGGUAUCCUCGAGAACGUCGAUAUAUGAUAGUGAUGUGGAGGAUGAUGAAAAGCUGUUUGAAAAAAAUAUGCCGUAUUUGAUUGUGUGGUGAAGGAAGAUGCGCAAUGGAAUGUGGCGAGUUAUCAUACGAGGAGGGAAAUCGGCGCCAAUUGUUCGCGCGAAAAGCUAUGGAUAGAGACAACGAUGUGGUUCAAACUAAGCGAGGAACGUGGAUUAUGGCUGAAAAAACCGAAGCGAGCGAGCUGAUCGAGAACGCGGCGAAUGUCGUCGACGAGGACGAUUAUCACGCGUGGGAUCGUCGAUGCGAGGAGUGUUUGGAAUCGUUGAGGCAAGAGUGUCGAAGGUGUCCGAAUACUACCGGAACGGUCAAUUUCCUUGUCGCUUUGAUCGUGCGUUUAGAGGGAACGAGGACCGAACUGCGAGGUCGCGUAGUUCGCGCGGGUGCCGGUCACGAUGAAUUCAGAUGGGUGGAGAUCGAGACUACUUUUUAGAGACGGGUAUUCACUGGUGCGGUAAUCAAUUGCCGUUACAUCGAGCCUAGAGAAUUUCUCGAGGACGUCGGAGACACGGUGAUGGAGAAGGUACGCGAGAAUUUGGACAGACACACCUGUGUGAAAGUCAACACGAUUUUCAAUGGGAAAUUGCGUUCGAAAAGACCGCUGUAAAGAGCAUCGUCACGAAAAAUCGACAGCUGUUUCUCACCACAGAUCUGUCCGAAUGG